UUGCUGUUAUAUAACCAGGACCUUUAUACAUAUGUAAGAUGGCGUGACGUCAAUGUGCCGUCAGGCGUAUCGAUAAGGAAUCUAUAUGGAUGAAUUAUAAAUGUCUCCCACCAAAAAAGUGCUUGGGUUUUUCCUUUAACAACCCAGUAAUUUAAAUCAAGGUCAUAACUGAAGUGAAAUAAACGGGGACAUGCAGAUUUAAUCAAUUUUAUAUCUGGAGAGGUAUCAAAUAUAAGUUGAGAAAGCAACAGCGCGAAGAGCAGUGAAGAGGAUAAAACGCUCCACCCCGUCACUAUGUUACAGCCAAGUGGCUGCAGCAUUCUCCAUCCAUAUGUUACCUGUGAGAGUCAACAAAAAGUCAAUCAGAUAAGGCCAUGUGAGUGAGACAAGGCCCACAUAACACCCAUUGAUUUAUGAGAGUGCUAAGCUGAAUGGAUGCACACCACGGAGAGGUUAUUCUUCUCUGAACACAAGCAAACUACGGGAGAAAGUAUAACAACAUAAAAGACACCUCAGUCAGUGCACAUGUGAAACCUAAAAUGGCAUCAUCAGUUAUGAUUACAAACCUCACACAGGAGUGGGUCGAGAGUCUGCAGAGGUGGCACCUAGAAUUUUUUUUCAUUCCUACUGCAUUUAUCACCAUUGCCACCUUGCUGGCCAACCCUGUUGUCCUGACGUGCAUCUUUCUGACCCGGGCCUUGCGUCAGGAGACGCGUUACCUGCUCGUGGCCAACACCUUGGCAGCAGAUGUACUCUUCCUCAUCCUCAACCUGGUCACCUUGCUGUGUAAUGCUGUGAGAGUGCAGAUCCCCUGGAUCGUGUGUGAGGUGGUCACGGCCGUCACUGUCACGGCUUACUGCUGUGCCAUCCUCACAAUCACCCUCAUGGUGGUCGACACCUACGUUGCUGUCCGCUGGCCCCUCCAUUACCACGACCUUCUUCCUCCUCCCCGCACCCACUGCAUACUGGUGGGGGUGUGGAUGCUGGCAGCUGCGUGUCCAUUCAUCCUGGUGGUCAUGAUAGAGGAGAGAGAAAAUCCCAAUGUGAAGUUGCCUGUCUGCCUGGUUCUCGUCAACCUCGGGCUCCUUCAGCUUGAGAACAUGAUGAGGGUCCACAUCUACUUCUUAAUUGCUGCACUCAUCUGUGCCAUUCUCAUUUUAUACUGCUACAUUCGACUCUACAUGGUAACAAGGACUCAGGGCAUCUGGCAGAGCCGCUUCUCCAGGGCCCGGGUCACCCUGCUGGCUCAUGGGGUUCUGCUCCUGCUCUAUUUCGCCCCUGGCUUUGUUUUCACCCUGGAGCUCUUCCUGUUCCAGAGGAAAGACAUAAGUCAAGAUGCCCGUGUGUGGAUCAGCACAGUGAAUAUGUGUGUUUGUAUGUUGCUGCCCAGGGCGUUUGCUCCGUACCUCUAUGGGCUGAGGUACAGGGAGAUCUCCAAUACUCUAAUGCAGCUGCUGCAUCGACACUGGAGGGUCAGCCAGACAACAGUAUCAUGAAUGCCUCAUCAGAACUGUUUUUUUAAAUCCUCCAUGGUAUCACUUUUAGAUAAGUUUUAUAAGUAUAUAAGGAGUUCUUUUUUGGCCUGCCAAGUAUAUUUGCAGAAUUUUUUCCAGGCUUUUACUUAAUAAAAGUCUUGACUCAUUUGUCAAAGUAUAUAUAUUGUAAAUGACUCAUUUAUAUAUUCAAAAUAAUAUUA